AUGUCGCUGAAACUCGAUGGAUUCCUGCGGACGUUCCGCGGAAAAGGAGAUGACCUGGAGACGUUUUGGUCGAAGUUCCGUGUACUGGCGGAUAUUCAAAAGUGGGACACGGAGGAAAAACGGAUGCAGCACCUGCCCCUGGUCCUAGAUGGCCAGGCGUUCAAAGUCUUCAUGUCCAUGGCGGAGGCGGACAGGAAAAAGGAGGCAACCGUGAAAGCGCUACUUGAAAAGGCCUUCGCGCCUGCACCUGCUGAUUCUUAUCAGCAGUUCCUGUCCCGUCGCCUACGCCCUGAUGAGGCUGUGGACGGCUACGUUGCUGACCUGAAGCACCACUUGAGCUUAGCUGGCCACAAGAUUACAGACGACAAGGACCCGGUCCUUUUGGAGCAGGUGAUUUGUGGCUUGCCACCGACGUUCGCGCGAGACAUUCGUUUGCAGGGUGCUGGACAGGCCCUCUCCGUCAGUGACGUGACAGAGAAGGUUCGCGCUCUGCAACUGGUUGAAAGCGCUGCAUCAUCGCAUGCCAUUGGCGCUGCUGCCACCGAACCAGCGAAGUCUUUGUAUUGUUACACGUGCGGGAAAACUGGGCAUGUCAAGAAGACCUGCCGCGCUGGGAACCAGGAACCCUCCACGCAGAGCUCGUCAGCAGGCCCAUCUUCCUCGAAGAGCAGCCGAGUUCGUUGCCAUCAUUGUCACGAGCUAGGCCACAUCCGGAGAAACUGCCCGACCAGGAGAACACGGGGCACUGCGUCUGCUGGUGUUUCUGACCAGCCAGGAGGAAAAACCGAUUGCUGUUUGGCCCUGACUACAUCAUCGUCUUCCCUCAUCCGAGUGUACGUCGAUGCCUGCCGCGAAAAACACGACGAGUGGACUCGCCUGAGUUCUGUGGUGGACACUGGUUGCACGCGCUCUCUCAUCAGCCGUGCCGCACUCCAGAAGUGCAAUGGCCUGCGUUGCAUGGAACAGUGUCCGGACAACAUGCUCGCCCUCAACGGUGAAUCGCUGAAGAUACUGGGUAGCGUCCUGCUGAACCUCCGUCGACUCGACGGACCUGUGCACUUGGACCUACUGACUGCCGUAUCUGUGCUGGUUGUCCCAGACUUGAGUGUCCUGAACACCGACAUGGUCGUCGGCAACGAUGUAGUGACCCGCGCUGGAGGUAUGCACCUGCAAUACGCUGACGGGUGUCUGUCGUCCGUCUCAUUUGGCUGUGCCGCUGUGCCUGCUGCUGUUAGUGCUGCCGCUGAUGUGCCACCUAAGCCAGCUGACAGUACUGCUCGCACCUCCAAGCUGUCCCGCCACGUUACGGUCAACCACUCUGGUGACGAUGUCACACUAAGUGUUGAUGAUGGCGAGGUGCACUGGAAUGCAGCCGCCGGCUACUGGAGCAUGAAGUGGCACUGGAGGGACGACAUGCCACCUGCUGAACCGAUUGGGUCAGGGAUUGGCGAAUAUCCCCGCGCCAAACUCACCGCCGAUCAGGAGCUGCAGUUCAAUGCUGAAGUAGAUGCCUGGAUCCAGCAAGGCUGGCUGGUACCACACGAUGCGGAUGUUCACGGACCACCGGGCGCCAUCCUCCCGUUGAUUGCGAAGUGCCAAGAGCACAAGGCCUCAACACCGGUUCGCCCUGUACUGGACUACCGUGGGCUGAAUCAGCUCAUCCGCAACCACCCUGGGUGCAACACCCCUGUGUGCGGUGAGAAGCUGCGCAGCUGGCGACAGGCUGGUGACAAUUUCCACAUCCUGGAUAUACGGAAGGCGUACCUGCAGGUCCGUCUUGAUCCGUCGCUGGCGAGGUUCCAGACCGUCAUUUACAAGGGUAAGCCGUACGUCAUGAUGCGCAUGGGCUUCGGCCUUGGGAUUGCGCCAAAGCUGAUGAGCCUGAUCGUACAGUACGUCACUGGCCCCUACCCUACUGUCGACAGCUAUGUUGACGACUUGUUCGUGCCUGAUGAUCUCGUCACCACGGUGGAAGACGAGAUGGUGAAGUUUGGCCUACCCACCAAACCUGCUGAGUGCUUGCGAUCAGCCCGCGUCCUUGGUCUCCAGCUUCACAGCUCGAACGACGUCCUGCAGUGGCGACGACGCACAGAUGUCGACCUCUGCUGCCCAGCGAGCCCAACGAAGCGCGAUGUGUUCCGCUGGUGUGGUCGCCUGCUUGGUCACAACCCUGUGUGCUCCUGGCUCAGGCCAUACACUAGCUACCUGAAGAGGUUGGCUGACUCGCUCACUCCUGGAGGCUGGGACGCCAAGGUACCACCAGAAGUAGUAAGCCUCUGCCAAGAGCUGUCUGGUCGCGUUGAAGGAGAAGAUCCGGUACACGGUGCCUGGUCCGCUCCACCUGCCGCACAAUGGUCAGUAUGGUGCGACGCAUCCAACAUUGCCACCGGAAUUGUGGUGCAAUGCGGUGCAGAUGUCAUCGAGGAUGCGUGCUGGCUGCGUCCGAAGGAUGAUCGUACACACAUCAAUGUCGCCGAACUUGAUUCGGUGAUGAGUGGCCUUCAGCGUGCCACCGCCUACGGCCUCACAAGUGUGCGCCUCCUGACCGACUCCAAGACCGUGCAUGGUUGGCUGUAUAACCUGCUGCAUGACAUCCGCCGUGUCAAGACCAGCGGUCUGUAUGAUGUGCUCGUCCAACGCCGCUUGCAAGCUAUUGACGAGCUUGUCCGCCUCACCGGCCUGUCUGUUGUGGUCGGAUGGGUGCCCUCUGAACGCAACUUGGCUGAUCGGCUGACAAGAGUACCCACUCCAUGGUUGAAGCUCUGCCGUGCCAAGUCUGAGAUGUGUGCUGUCGCUGGUGAUACCACUAAUCCCGCCGUGGCCCCGCCCAUGGCUGUUGCCACCAUCCGCGCAGCGCAGCAGAAUGACGGCAGCAACUGGUCUCGGGAUCACCCUGCUCGGUGUGCUCGACUGCGCGACCUCGUGGAAUCCGAGUUAUCCGACGCUGAUCGCAUCCAAGAGGAGACUGUGCCUGUCUAUCACACUGGUGAUCACGUUCUUCUCCGCCGUCCUGACCGUCACCAGAAGCAUCUACCGAUGUAUGAACCUGGUUGGCAAGUCAUUCGUGUUCUGUCCCCCUCGACUGUGGUGAUUCGACGGUGUGAACCUGUACGUGGUCGCAAUGCUGAGAAAGUAGUGAAUGUCGACCUGAUCAAGCUCGACCCUCACCCUGUUGCCGCAGAUGCAGAUGUUGACUCUGCUGAUGAUCGUGAUGACAUCCCUGCUAUCAUCCAAAUCGACAUGGAUCCGCAGCUUGACCAAGCCUACGGACUUCGUCGCCGGGCUGCAAUCCGUCCUCCUCAGCGGUUCCGUGACUAA